AUGGCGGACAAUGAGGCUGCGGUCCUCGCCGCAGCCAAGAAGCUUCCUCUGGACGAGAGGGCGGCUCACAAGACAUGGAAGGUCAGGAGCGAGCUCUUCGAUGACGUGAAGGACGCCUGUGCCAAGGCCUUCAGCAGCGAGGAUCCAAUCCUUCACCAAGCAGGCGCGGAGGGUGGUGGUGGGCCCCUGUUUGCCAAGGGCCUGGGCGACGCCAAUCUCAAUGUCCAGGACACCUCCAUUGAGGCCCUCUGCGCCUGGCUCGCCAAGGCCGAUGUACAACAGGCCUCGAGGCUGGCCAGCAGCGUAUGCUCGGCCAUCAGUGCCAAGUCCCUGAAAGCCAGGCCCUUCACAGUGGCAAAGGCCGCCGAGGCCUGCUACCUGCUCGUCGAGCUGGAGCAGCAGGAGUCGGUGGUGGAAAGCGCGAUCAAGGCGUCCGGGGACAAGGUGCCCAAGGUCGCCGUCGCGGCGCUGGACAUCCUGAAGAACGCCGUCAGCCUGUUCGGUACCAAGGUGGUGGACCCCAAGCCCAUCAUCCGGGCGCUGCCGACUGUGUAUGGCAGCGCCAAUGCCCAGGUCCGCGACAAGGCCAAGGAGAUCUCGGUGGAGCUGGCCUCCUACCUGGGCCUGGCCGUGGUGGCGGGGGCGCUGUUCGAGAAGAUGCCUGCCGCGAUGAAGAAGGACGUAGAGGCGGCCAUCGCCGAGCUGCCGCCGGGAAAGCGCGCCCCGGAGCGUUGGACCAGGCGGGAGCAGGAGGAGCGGGCCGUGGCUGCGGGGCAGCCAGAGGCUAUGGACGUCGACGAUGAGGCAGAGCCCGGCCUUGUUGCCGCGGAAGCGGCAGAGGAGGUUGAUGAGGGAGUGGAUGCAUAUGAGUAUGCUACGCCGGUGGACAUCCUGGGACCGCUGCAGAAGGAGGUGCUGACCAUCGUGGACGACAGGGUGGCCUUCUGGGACUGCUUCGAGUCCAAGAAGUGGAAUGUGCGGAAAGCUGCCCUGGACCGGCUGCGGGACGCCGCCAGGGCCACCAGGUUGGCGGAAGGCGACUACGGCGCGGUGGUGCGGGAGCUGAAAAAGGUGCUGGCCAAAGACGCCAACAUCACCUGCGCCACGGCCGCGGCUGAGGUGGCAGGUGCCCUUGGUUCCGGCCUCCGCUCCGGCUUCAGCAGUGCUGCCAAGUCCUUGUGCCCUAACCUGCUGGAGCGGCUGAAGGAGAAGAACAUCAUGAUGAGCCGGGCUGCAGAGGACACGCUGCGCACGCUGGGCACCCACUGCUACUCACUGCUGGACGUGGCGGAGGACCUGGUGGCGGCUAUGGAGCACAAGAACCCCAAAGUGCGGCUGGAGACGGGCAAGCUGGUGACGGCCAUGGUGGAGGGCUGCCCGAAGCCCAUCGCACUCAGGGCGCUCAAGGAGUCCCUGCCGGCAGCUCUGGGGAAGCUGGCCUCCGAUGCCGAUGCCGGGGUCAGGGAGGCGGCGCAGGCAGGCCUGGCCGCCUUUGCCGUGCGCGGCGGGUCCCUGGCAGCCAUCGAGAAGGUGCUGGAGAAGCUGGACGACGGCAAGCGCAAGAAAGUGGAGGAGCUGCCCGCCUCCAAGGGCUCCAGCCCUCGACCAGGAGCAGGCAAGUCGCUGGGAGGAGCCGCCAUCAAGGCAGCGCAGCCCGCGCCGGCCCGCAGGCAGCCUGCAGCGGCAGGCGCGCCGCCGUCGGCACGCUCAGCGCCAGGCGGCGGACGGGACGAGGAGGCGAGCGCCGGCCCGCGGCUGGGCCCAGAGGAGGCCCUGGAGCGAUUUGCUGAGCUGGUGGGCGCCGACACAGGCAAGUCCGGGAGGUAG